AUAUUUUUGUGUGGGGGACUGCUGCGAUUUUGACCGCGAUCACAGCAUAUAUGGAUAUGCAAGAGAUGUCCGACUCUGACAGGGAUAUAUGGCAGCCUGGUGUGACUAUCAACGGAUGCUGGAUCGAAACAAAAAAUUGGUCAGCUAUGAUUUAUUUGUAUGGUCCUAUAUUGCUUUCAAUCCUUAUCAACUCAACACUCGCCAUUGUAACCGCAAAGCAUUUGUAUGUGCACCAUAUGAAAACCAAUCAAGUCUGGAACAAUUCGGAGAGUAUAAAGAAUUUAAAGAAUAAAUCUGAUUUCAUCCACUUUUUCCGGAUAUUUCUCAUAUCAGGAGUGUUUUGGAUAAUGGAAAUAUUUGCAUAUUUAUUUAACAUAGAAUGGUUUGCCUUUAUUGUAGCUGGACAAGGAUUAAUACUGCCUUUCGUUACUAUCUGUAACAAAAAAGUUAUUCGUGACUUAAAUAAAAGGUUGAACCCAAAUAGAAAGAAAGAUUACGAACCGGUGACAACCAUGGAAACAUUAAUAGAACAUUAAUAGAAAUAAAAUAUUUACAUACAUAUAUUGUACAUCAUACGUGAGGUCAUUGUCCGAACUAAAACAACGACAAUAAAUUGUAUAUUCGAAAAGCAAGUUAUCCGAUAACGAUAGUUGUAGUCAUAAAAAAUAAAAUCAUAAUUACAGUUAACAAGUCCACUAGUACACUUACCGCAGUAACAAUAAAUACUUCGAGGAAAGCAACUCUCACUAUUCACUAUGCACAAAUAAUAUAAUAAAACUGUACUCGUAU